UGGCGGCGGUGCCGCGCUGCGCCGUGCUCCGCCUCCGGUUCUACCGGGCCUGCGCCCUCCGCCACCGCCGCCGAGCAGGGCCCGGGACCGGGCCAUGACCGACGAGGCGGUGCGGGCGCUGCUGCAGCGCUUCUACGCCCUGCAGGGAGAGCGCGUGGAGGCGUACCGGCUGCUGGAGGAAGGCCACCGGGCUUACCUGAGCAGUGCCCCCCACUACGACUUCCCGCGCUACCGGCAGCUGGUGCACGAGCUGACGCUGGGGUUCAGCCGCAUCUCCCGCGAGGUCCUGCAGCUCCAGGCACGGCUACGGGACCAGCACGGCCGCCCCGAGCUGGCCCAGCACCUCGCCCGCCUCCAGGAACGGGAGCAGGAGAAGCUGCAGCUGACGGCGCAGCUCCAGCUGGCGCGGCAGCGGGUGCAGGACGAGCCCGGCGUGGACGCCCACCAGCAGGAGGUGCGGGAGCUCAAACACAAGCUAAUUAAAACCAUUGAGGCAAUCAGCGAAAUUCUCCAGGACCUCAAGUACGAUUCGGAAGAAGCCGAGUGAUGGGCGGCCCCGUGGGAACGGCUGCAGGGGCCGGGCAGCGCGGCUCUGCCCGCGCCAGGGGGGCCCCGCUCGCCCCCUGCGCCCCCCACCCGGCCGGCCCCGCUCCCUCUGCGCCCCCCACGGCACCCCCGUGAGGGGGGCACCUUCACUCUGGGCUCUUUUUGGGGGGUGCAGAGCCCCUCCUGGGGGUCCUCCCAGAUCCUGAGUGUGGGUGCUGGUGCUGCUCCCACUCUCCGCUGGCUGCAGAGGGGCUGUGAACCCAGGAAAACCACAACCCACGGCCCCAAAAAAGGGAUCCCAUGGCCCCAAAAAGGGGAUCCCACGGCCCCAAGGGAAUCCCACGGACCCCAGGACAACUUGCCCUGAGCCCCACGGUGCUGGGGGUCCCCAUGGGGACGGGUGCUGCCCCCCAGCGCUUCUCCGCACCCCACAGCCACCGUGAGCAGGCUCCGGGCACGGGGACAGCACCCUGCGAGCACCCGUUUUAUGGUCACCCCACAAUAAAAGCAGCUUUUUGGAA